AUGCUGAUUGUCGGUUGUGUCUGGCUAGCCAUAGGGCCUAUUUUGGCUUCCGCAGUGGGUCCCGUUCCGGCUACCUGGUCGGAUCUGCUUAUAUAUCGUGGCUGGAGGCUUUGCUGGAAGCGUCGACCGACCCUUGUGACAGCGCCGACCCUCAAAGACUUCCUUCAUGCACGCCGAAAAAUUAUGGUUCCUUCAAUGUCCGGGUACAAGUACCAAAUUAUCAAAAGGCCAAACGCCAUCCGUACCACUCCAGUUUGUUUCCAGACAAAGGGUGUUUGUGUGAGUUCUAUUAUGGCCAUGCACCCUAGAGGUAUGGGCCGUUACGGUGUGCCUACUGAAGUAGUCUUACACCAGGUCCAAUUUCUCCUUAAAUUGACACUCAAGUAUGUGUAUAUCGAAGUUCCACCCUGUGCAGUGCUUGCGGUGCUGUCGAUGGUGGUUCGUUCUGAGUCAGUUGCGGCGUGGUUGCUCCAGCUCUGCUCCGCGUCGUCCGCAGCGCUGUUGUCCGUGUUCCUAGCGAUUGCUGGGCCUCUCGCACUCUCGCACUCUCGCACUCGGGCUGGCGGGGCCGGAGGUGGUGUUGAUGGAACGCGCUCAGGGGUUGAGGGCGCCAUCGGGGGCUCCGGCACGAUUAAAAGAAUGUCCGAGAUGUAUAUAGGAACCAUGAAAGGCCCCCUAUGGCAUUUCAUUGUCUAUUCAAUACUCUCUAUUGCACUCGUGCUUUCUCUAGUUGCCCUGCUCAAUCUCUACGAUAUGAUCACUGUUCAAGCCACGGGCUUAACAGUUGGAUCGUAA